AUCACGCAAGCCACCGCGUCAAAGCGUGGAUCCCGGGAUGCGCGCACCGCGGACCCCUGCAUCCAGCUGCCGCUAAUCCUGAGGGCAGCCGCCGCCACCAACUUGUCCCCCCUCCGCAGCCACGGCCCAGGGUCCCCGGCGAUCCCCGACCACCGCGGCAGUUCCCCAGAACUGCCUGGGCCAUGAAACCGGCGGGCGGCCGCGGCGGCUGGGGCUGGGGUGGCGGCAAGGGAGGCGGCAAAGGAGGUGACGCGGGCUCGGGGGGCAAAGGAGGCUUUGGGGCGCGCACACGCGGCUUCAGCGGCGGCGGCCGGGGCCGGGGGCGCGGCGGCGGCGGCGGCGGUGGCGGCGGCGACAGCAGGGACCGCGGCGGAGGCGGGCAGCGGCGCGGUGGCCCGGCCAGGAACAAGAGCCGCCGUAGGAAGGGCAUCACCGUGUCGGUGGAGCCGCAUCGGCACGAGGGCGUGUUCAUCUACCGCGGUGCCGAGGACGCGCUGGUCACCCUGAACAUGGUGCCGGGAGUCUCGGUGUACGGAGAGAAGCGCGUCACGGUGGUGGAGAACGGCGAGAAGCAGGAGUACCGCACGUGGAACCCCUUCCGCUCCAAAUUGGCCGCCGCCAUCCUGGGCGGCGUGGACCAGAUUCACAUCAAGCCCAAGUCCAAAGUGUUGUACCUGGGCGCCGCCUCGGGAACCACGGUCUCUCACGUCUCCGACAUCAUCGGCCCCGACGGCCUGGUCUAUGCGGUUGAGUUUUCCCACCGCGCUGGCCGCGAUCUGGUCAACGUAGCCAAGAAACGCACCAACAUCAUCCCGGUACUGGAAGAUGCCCGGCACCCGCUCAAGUACCGCAUGCUCAUCGGAAUGGUGGACGUGAUCUUCGCCGACGUAGCCCAGCCAGACCAGUCCCGCAUCGUGGCGCUGAACGCCCACACCUUUCUGCGCAACGGAGGCCACUUUCUCAUUUCCAUCAAGGCCAACUGCAUCGACUCCACAGCGUCUGCGGAAGCUGUGUUUGCUUCCGAGGUGAGGAAGCUGCAACAGGAGAACUUGAAACCUCAGGAGCAGCUAACGCUGGAGCCCUACGAGAGGGACCACGCUGUGGUCAUCGGGGUCUACCGGCCCCCUCCCAAGAGCAGCAGCAAGUAGUAGCAGCUGAUGCCAGGGAAGGGGCCCUGCACUGCCACGAGACUGUGUUGUAUCUUUGUGCCUGUCCUAUUGUGUUGCUUUUCUAUUAAAUGAAGCAAACAAUUCCCAAGUGUACUACUGUGAGGCCAGGCUGGGUUUUGUCCCUGCACCAAUUCACUCUCCAGUCUUGGUGCACUAAAACAGAUGGCAUAGGGCCCUUUCAAGGAACAACUUGGGAGAGGUGUCUAUUCUAACAACCCCAGGCCCUGGCUCCUCCGGGUUCCACUUUCACACAUGCAUCUUCUAAUCACAGGAACAGGAGAAAGAGAGCCUGAGGGUUGCUGAUGAUUUUUGAAAUAUUUCCUGGGGAAAUGAGGAGGUACUGUCUGUUCCUACUGGUCAGGUCACAUGACCAAGGCUGAUUCCAGGGAAGGGUAUUGGAUGCUCACCUGUUCAACCUGUCUGAUUGAAAGCCAGACUCUCUUUUCUGCUCUCUCUCUCUCUCUCUCUCUCUCUCUCUCUCUCUCUCUCUCU